GUCACUCCGUUGACUCUCACCGACUCUGGUUCACGGAGUAGCGCGCGCACAGAAGACCGAAAGUUUUCAAGUCGACAUGGCCAGCAAAGUCCUCCUGAGGGCCUGCCGCCUGACUCUGACGGCGAGACGGAGCGUUUUAAUGAAAACGCCUCGGCGUGCCAUGGCCAGCGAAGGUAUUCCAACGGAUGAAGAGCAGGCCGCGGGGCUGGAGAGACGCGUCCUGCAGGCCAUGAAGAAAGGCCAGGAUCCAUACAGCAUAUUCAAGCCAAAGGAAUACACUGGAAGCAGAGACGACCCUCAUAUCGUUCCCAGCAUCAAUAACAAGCGGCUGGUGGGCUGCCUCUGUGAGGAGGACAACACGGCCGUGGUUUGGUUCUGGCUUCACGAGGGAGACGCUCAGCGCUGUCCUUCCUGCGGCUCGCACUACAAACUCGUCCAUCACGAGCUCCCCCACUGAACGAACACACACACACACACACACAACCUAAACCUCCGCAGAAACCGCUGCGUGCCUAUGCCAAACAUGUACAGAGUCGAAAAUAAAAUAAAUUUAAUACAAUCAA